AUGCUGGCAUGGCAGGACGGCGGGGCCAAGGCGGCUCCCUCCCAUCACAAGAUCUCCUUCUCGGUUCUGGACAUCUUGGACCCGCAGAAAUUCACCCGGGCUGCGCUCCCAGCCGUGCGUCCGGCUCUCCGGGAAGCCAAGAAAAGUUUGGCAGAGGCCGAAGCAAGGAAGGACGCCAGCCAGGACCCGGUUCCGCAGCGCGAGGCGCCUGAUGCUGCGGGCCGCGGCGCCGGCUUGGCGUCCCCCCUGGAGGGGUCGGAGGCGGAGGAGGCGGAAGAGGAGGACGAGGAUGUGGAGGACGCGCGGCGGCGGCGGGGGGAGCGCGGCGCACCAAAGCCGCGGCGCGCGCGCACCGCCUUCACCUACGAGCAGCUCGUGGCUCUGGAGAACAAGUUCCGGGCCACGCGCUACCUGUCCGUGUGCGAGCGCCUGAACCUCGCGCUCUCGCUCAGCCUCACUGAGACGCAGGUCAAAAUUUGGUUCCAGAACCGCAGGACCAAGUGGAAGAAGCAGAACCCCGGCGCCGAAGGUGCGGCGCAGGCGGGAGGUGGCGCGCCCCAGCCCGGGGCUGCGGCGGCGAGCGGCGGCGGCGGCGCAGGGGGCAGCCCAGGUCCGCCGGGCCCGGGCGCGCAUCCUUUCCAGACUUUCCCCUCCUACUCGGCGGCCAACGUCCUUUUCCCGGCCGCCGCCUCCUUCCCGCUGACGGCCGCCGGGGGCUCCUUCGCGCCCUUCCUCGGGCCCUCCUACUUGACCCCUUUCUACGCCCCGCAUCUAUGA